AUGUCGGCGGAGAAGUCCAUGUGGCGCUGGCAGGCGGGCCUGCCCGCCUCCCUGGCUCCCGCGGGCGCCCGCCCGCGCCCCGGGGCCGCGGGCGGCCACGCGGAGGGCGGGGGGCCCCGGCCGGCGCACGCGGCCCCGCGCGGGGAGGAGGUGCCGUGGCCCCGGCGCCUGGCCCAGGCGGCUGGCUCGGAGGGGGACGCCACCAGACGACUCGGGGGAUGCUCCGGCCUUCCAGCGGAGGACGAAGUGCCAGCGGCGCCGGCUGCAGAAAAAUCACAUGAAGGCCAUGGCACAGCUGAUGGUGGCGAGUGGGGGCGUGCCUCGUGA